AUGGCCAUCAACCGAUUUGUUGUUCUUGCCCUUAUCUUCGCUGCCAUGGUGGCUUUUGUCUCGGCUGCUGAUACAGCUGCAGGGGACGCCGCUGAUGCCACUGCUAAUGCCGCUUCUGAUGUGGCAGGGGCUGCUGGAGCCCCUGCCGGCGGCCCAGGUGCUGCUGAAGGCCCUGGUGCAACCAGUGCCGCUCAAGAAUCACAAGGUGAUGCUUCAUCCCUCAAGGCUUGUGGUGUUGGCGCAAUCGUAGCAGUCGCUCUUACCGGGUUUUUCUUUUAA